AUGUCAACUAAAAACUGCUUUGAGGCAAUGAUGAAAAGAUGGAGAAAGAAAGCUGUCACUUCUAAAUAUGCUGUGGAUGAAGAUGUGCAUCAAGUAUUUAUCGCAAUUUCUGAAGGAAAAUUAAGACUAGCCAGAAUUCUCAUAGAAAGAAAAGUGAAUGUGAAUUGUACAGAUAAUUCUGGGAGAACACCGUUGAUGGCUUUAUGUAGACUUAAUAAUACCAGAAUAAACGAAGAACAUCGAUUGAGUUUUGUGAAAUUUCUGCUUAAUGAAGAGGAAACAAUUCUCAAUGCUACUGAUAUGUUUGGAAAACAAGCUUUAGAUUACGCCUGUGAGAACGAGUUGCAUCAAGUGGUAAAGGUUAUAACUCGUGCCAUAGAAGACUUUUUAAACAACAUUUUGCUAGAAUUUUGA